AUGCCAACCGCCAGCCCAUCAUGGCAUCUGCCCUGCAUCCCCAAACACCGUCGACUCAACCCGGACGAGCACCUCUAUAUCCUCUUCCUCCAGCGGAUGUCUGUCGAUGAGAAAGAACAGGUGAUGAAGAGCCUAGAGGAAGUCGACAGUAGCCAGGUCCACAGCUUCGACAGAACCACAGCAGCGCCGCGCCAACUAGAUUCAAAGCGGUGGAUCCGCGACUACUUCCCGAGCAGCAACGCGAUACUGGAAAUCGCCAGGCAUGCGAAUGCCGAAAGCGGGUACCGCGAAUUCUCAUACCCGAGUCUCAUCCUGGUUGACAGUGGAUGGGAAGCUUCCACUGUGAUUGCGGCGAGGUGGGAACUGGUUGCGGGAGAGUCGAAGUUGAAGUUCAAUGCCGCGCGAGUGCCGAUGAAUGUGGCGAAUGUUCUGCUGAGUACUUGUGAUGCGAAUGAAGGGCUUACGCUGGCUCAGGCGUUAGGAGAUGAUGUCUAUGAGGAGACUAAGGUGGACUUUUAUGAGGACGCGAGAGCGACGUCGCUAGCCGCUCCAAGCAGAUUUGGUCGACCCUUCGUGUGGGAGGAACACUUCGAGGAUGACUAUGGUUUUGGCUCGGACGCACCACCCAUCGUCUCCUUAAGACGGCUUUCCAACACCGAGAGGGAGACGCUCAAGAAAACGGUGCUUGCUGGCCAGAACGAUACGAAUGCUAAACUUGAAGAUCUCCGAAUCUACCAGUGGAAAGGACCUGGUUCUUCCAGGAGGGCUAUCUACCACAUCUUCAAACACAUCUUCGACAAAUGGAAUGGCGUAACGGACAUGUUCUUCGUUGACGAUGUUCUGGAAGGCGAGAACCACGAACCCCAAAUCAUGGCCGCAAUGAAUACUGACAUCCCGAACACUGAUUCCAUCAAGAUGGCGCCCAUACCGACAACUUCUGUCUUGCCUUUCUGGACAGGCUCUGGUUCUGGCAAAUACGGAGAGGAUCUACUGGAAAAGUAUGGUGAUAUCUGGCGGAAGGAGGUUGUCGUGGAUCUCGAGCCAGGGCCUUUUAACUUUAGCGGCGUUGACGUGUGCCCGGUCUUCUUUCUAGAACCUUUCACAGCAGACCAAGAACGCAGAGUCAGGACCUCCUUGAGUACUCUCGACCACGUUGAGCAGGGCGAAGACUGGGGCAACGAAUACUGCUUCUUCGGCUAUCUCUGGCCAGACGAUAACAGGAAGCACUCACUCGAGGAUCUGAAAGACCUGUUCGAGUCCUGCGAUCCUUUCAAUCCUGCUUACAAUGCGAACUCGUCUGGCCCGUACCUCUUCGCCAACUAUCCGCAUCACUUCGUCGCGGUCGACUCACACUGCUUGGAUGAGACCAACCCCAAAGUGCUCAUAGCCAGCUCGCUGGACUUCCACGGGGAGGAUGUCAGUGAUGAUCUAGGCUGGACUUGCGGGCUGGUGCCUGCUACAGAGGCGCAUCUGGAUUGGCUCAACUUUGAUAUUGCCAAUGCGGGUCCGGAGGAAGUUAUUGAACAGCCUGAGAACGUGUGGCUGAGUGAUCUGAAGGAGUAUCGGGAGAACGAUUGGCCUGAGGAGUGGUGA